CUCAAAGAACCGUGGAGCAGCCAAAACCGUGCCGCUAUCAAACUCGUGUCCAUCACAGGAUAUGUUGGAACGAACAUAAUAGAGCAGCUUGGCCACAUUCGAGUCAGUGUUUUAUCUCAUUCCAAACUAGGAACAUCGCCACCAUGAAUUUCAUCAUUCUUGUCCCUGUCCUUAUUUCUGUCGCGAUGGCCGCCCCCGUCAGUCCGAAUUUGCCAGUAACUACGCUAAAGAUGACCGGAUCAAGCGAAUACAUGUACAGUCCGUUUUACUUUUUAACCGCCAAAUUGAAGCUGCUGCCAAAAGAAAUCAUUAUGUGCAUCAUCAAGCCUACAAUUUGCGAUCAUUCGACUCCAACUGGCUAUGUCACCCCUGCCUCUGAGGCCAAAGUUCCUUACAUCGAGUCCCCCGUCGGCCAUUCGCCACAUGUUGACUUCUUUGACACGGAUCUCGUUGCUUCCAGACUGCACAAUGAUGUCAACGAAAUAUCGCCUUUAGAAGUGGUUAAUAAACAGAACUCGAUUCCCGACGAGUUGACUUCACAGACUAGUUCGGCCAGAGCUAAUUCGGAGAAUAUCGCAGCUCAGCGCGCCAACUUUGAAAUUCCAGUCACCGAGAAAGUUCAGCGAGAAAAAGUCAAAGUCCAGUUCAACGUGCCCCAAAACAGAGUUCAAUAAGUUCACGUUCACAUCCUUAUGCUAUCGAUUUGUGUGUUUCAUAACGACGAGUCUAAUAUUCCCAAUUACUCCAACAAAAUACCUAUUCAACUCUAUCCCAUUUCUGAUGCGUCAAUUUUUGUAAUAAACUCUUUUCCACGCG